GAGUGUGUGGGAGCGCCUCUGUGGGGAUUUCACGGGACUAAAGGAGGAUGAAGAUGCUCCGGCUACUGCUCCUCAUCAGCGUUUCCCAGCAUGCCCUGGCUGUGGUGGUGGAGGUGAAUGAGGGGGAAACAUCUGUACUGUUGCCCUGUCAGCACUCAAGUAUUAUACCUGAUGACCUCACAGUGAUGUGGAGUCGCUGUGAUCUUCAUCCCAAAUCUGUCCACCUACAACAAGAAAAAAGAGAUAACCUUACAGGACAGAACCAGCAUUACAGAGGGCGCACAUCAAUGAGGCCUGAUGCUCUGGACACUUUAGACUUCAGCCUCACUCUGAGAAAACCACAACUGACUGACAGCGGCAACUACACCUGCUCCAUCAGUGAUGGGAGAGAGGAACAGAGACUGACAGAUAUACAGCUGCAGGUCAAAGACCAACAGGUGGAGGUGAAGGUGGAGGAAGGCUCAGAGUCUGUCAUCCUGCCCUGCAAAACAACACCUAGCCUGCCUGAGGACACCACAGUGAAGUGGACUCACUCUGACCGAGAACUGAUGGUGGUCCAUAUGUAUUCAAACAGAAGUGACCACCUUAAUGACCAGGAUGGUUUUUACAGAAACCGAACGAUGAUGAACAAAGACCUGCUGAGAACUGGAGACCUCAGUCUGACCCUGAAACACCCCACAGAGAGAGACAGUGGAGGAUACAUCUGCACCAUCUACAGGGACAAAGACAUCCUGAGACAGAAAGUAGUGCUGCACCAUGUCAGAAAACCAUUUCCAUCCUGGGCCACAGCUCUCCUCGUUCUCCUGCUUCUUCUGUUGUUUUCUGGAGGUCUUUUGUUUCAUUUCCGGCACUAUUUCAUGUCAGUCCCCUGGGUGGAGGUGGAUUCAGGGGUGGAGUCUGUCCAGCUUAUCUGCAAAACCACAGUUUGCCUGCCUAAAGAUGCUAAAGUGGAGUGGAAGGACAAAAACAACAGGAAGGUCCACGUGUAUGAGAACGGCUCUGACCAGCCUGAAGAACAGAACCAGGAUUAUAAAGGCCUAACAAAGAUGAAGAGAAAUUUACCUGGAGACCUCAGUCUGACCCUGAAAAACCCCACAGAAGAAGACACCUACACCUGCACCGUCUACACACACCUGCAGGAGCGCCUGAGAGCGCGAACAGAGUCUGUGAUCCAGGGUUCAGCAGGAGCCGAUGACCCAACACCCGGAGCAGGAGCAACCAGCGACGUACUAGGAGAAUCACGCAGGAGAGGAGCAGGCAUCAGGCACGGGCCAGAGGUGGAAGAGAGUCGCUCACCUGGGCAGAACACCACCGCCGUAAAGUUGACCCAGACAGUAAAGCUAGUUCCCGGCUACGAGCCUGACAUGGAACCCAAAGUAGUGGUAGAGGUUUCCUUACCACGGUUCAGAGCUGCGGACCUGCCCAAGCGGCCCUCCAAUGAGAUGACGGUGCCAGAAGUCGCCCGCGGCUCAUAUGAGUUUGAGAUCCCUGGUCUAGAGGCACUAUAG